AUGGGAAGAGGCAGAGGAGUUGCGACUCUGAAACCCACGGCGGCGGUUGCGGCAGCGGAGAUAAAUGGAUCAGGGCCGAUGCCAGUAUUGAAGGAAGUUAGAUACCGCGAUGCGAGGAAGAGACCGUGGGGAAGAUUCGCCGCCAAAAUCAGAGACCCGUUGAAGAAAGCAAGGGUUUGGCUCGGAACCUUCGAUUCCGCCGAGGACGCCGCAUGCGCUUACGACGCCGCCGCAAGAACACUCCGGGGACCAAAAGCCAAGACCAAUUUUCCUCACCGCUCAGGAUCCAGCUCUCGAUGUAGAACUGCAGCUUCGCCAGCACCACUUGCUGCGAUGGGAGAUUCAACCCUUCCGCUGCUGCUCCGCCGCCCUGGAUGGCAACUUCCUCCUCGGCCAGAGCCGUUUCCUCCAUAUGCAAUUUUUUGUAAGUUGCUGAUUCUUCAUAAAUUGCACAAUUUGGACUGGUUGAAUUGUAAACUGAGCCUAUAA